AUGGCACUCGUGCAGGAGAGCAGCCAGGACUUGCUCCAAGGUUACGUCGUGCUCUGGCACCAGUCCCUGUGCUACGCCAAAUCGAUGGCGCUCGCCGUGGCGCUGGACCUCCGCAUCCCCGACGCGAUCCACCACCACGGCGGCGGCGCUACCCUCCCCCAGAUCCUCGCUGAGACUGCGCUCCACCCAAAUAAGCUUCGCGCCCUACGCAGCCUCUUGCGCGCGCGCACCGCCUUGGGCACCUUCAGCGUCCAGCCACCACCAACCAGCGGUGAUGAUUCAACCGUCGACGCGUCGGGCGAAGCUGUCUAUAGGCUGACUGCAGCCUCCCGCUUCCUCGUCAGCAACGAGGUGAGCUCGGCGACCUUGGCUUCCUUCGUGAGCCUGGCGCUCCACCCUAUCGCUGUCGCCCCGCACACCCUGGGCAUGUGCGCGUGGUUACGGCAGGAGCAGAACGAGCCGUCCGCUUAUGCCCUGGCGUUCCGCCAGACAACCCCGACGAUCUGGGAACACGCUCACGAUGUAAACGCCUUACUGCACAAAGGCAUGGUCCAGGGCAGCCGUUUCCUGAUGCCAAUCGUGCUCAGGGAGUGCGGCGAGGUGUUUGGUGGGAUCGACUCGUUGGUCGACGUCGCCGGUGUGCGUGGUGGUGCCACCGCCAUCAUUGCCGCUGCCUUCCCGCACCUCAAGUGUAGUGUGCUUGACCUCCCGCACGUUGUCGCUGGUGCUCCAUCUGAUGGCAACGUGCAGUUUGUCGCAGGCACUCUUUGUCGCAGGCACUCGUGGCCUGUUCGCUUCUCUUAUAAUAUGUUUGAGAGUAUUCCACCUGCAACCGCUGUUUUCGUCAAGACAGCUUUACAUGACUGGAGUGACGACGAGUGCGUCAAGAUAUUGAAGAAAUACAGGCAAGCGAUAUCUCCACGGGAUGCAGGAGGGAAGAUAAUAAUCCUGGACAUGGUAGUUGGAUAUGGGGAGCCAAACACAAAGCAUCUAGAGACACAGGUUAUGUUUGAUUUGUAUAUUAUGUCAGUCAAUGGAGCUGAGCGCGACGAACAAGAGUGGAAGAAGAUUUUCAUUGAAGCUGGAUUCAAAGACUACAAAAUUCUCCCCGUUGUUGGCGCUCUAUCGGUCAUCUAG